CUCUCUGCACUGCUGGCACUGCCCCAUUCUCUCCCGGGACUGCUAAAGAAACAAAACCGGACGUGAAUUUGCUCUUCUUUUUAUCAAACAUGUACCCCAUGCACACUAAGAGUUUAGAGGAGCGCUGCCAGCGGAUCCUUCAGGACAUGGAGGGCUCUCUCACAGCCCGGGACCGGGUGGGCAUUCAGGACUUUGUGCUGUUGGACACUUACACCAGUGAGACUGCAUUCAUAGACAACCUCAGAAAACGCUUCAAUGAGAACCUUAUAUAUACCUACAUCGGAACCCUGUUGGUAUCAGUAAAUCCAUAUAAGGAGUUGGGUAUUUAUACCAAGAAACAAAUGGACAUUUACAUGGGUGUCAACUUUUUUGAGCUGCCUCCUCACAUAUUUGCUCUUGCAGACAAUGUUUAUCGGACCAUGAUAAGUGAAACAAACAACCACUUCAUCCUCAUCUCUGGUGAAAGUGGUGCUGGUAAAACCGAGGCCUCUAAGAAAGUUCUUCAGUUCUAUGCGGGGAGCUGUCCCAGCACCAGUCUGCUGGAAGGUGUGAGAGAUCGACUCCUGCUUUCCAAUCCAGUGCUUGAGGCAUUCGGAAAUGCCAAAACUCUGAAAAAUUACAACUCAAGUCGUUUUGGAAAAUAUAUGGACAUACAGUUUGACCAUCAGGGAGCAGCAGUCGGCGGCCACAUCUUAAGCUAUUUACUUGAGAAGUCAAGAGUGGUCCACCAAAAUCAUGGCGAGAGGAACUUUCACAUCUUUUAUCAGUUGAUUGAGGGAGGGGAGGAUGAGCUUCUUCGGUGGCUUGGCUUGGAACGAAAUUGUCAAAACUACCGUUAUCUUAUUCAGGGGGAAUGUGCCAAAGUGAGCUCCAUCAAUGACAAGAGUGACUGGAAAACUGUACAGAAAGCUCUUACCAUCAUUGAGUUCAGUGAAAAGGAUAUAGAGCAUCUGUUUGCAAUCAUUGCCAGUGUCCUUCAUCUUGGCAAUGUCCCCUUUGAGGCCAAUGCUAUGAGUUAUGCCAGAAUAAACAGCAGUGCAGAAAUACACUGGCUGUCAAAGCUAUUAGGCAUUCCUUCCAACAUGUUACUGGAGGGUUUAACUCACAGAAAGAUUGAAGCCUAUGCAGAGGAGGUUUUAAGCCCUUUCACUGUUGAACAUGCAAAAUAUGCCAGGAAUGCACUAGCCAAAGCCAUCUAUGGCCGGACAUUCUCAUGGCUUGUUAACAAGAUUAAUGAAUCAUUGGUAAACAAGGACUCAACCAGAAAGACUGUGAUUGGACUGCUUGACAUCUAUGGAUUUGAAGUUUUCGAUGUAAACAGUUUUGAACAGUUUUGCAUAAACUACUGCAAUGAAAAACUUCAGCAGCUUUUUAUAGAGCUCACCCUCAAAUCAGAGCAGGAGGAAUAUGAGAUGGAGGGAAUCGAGUGGGAGGCAGUGCCAUACUUCAACAAUAAGAUCAUCUGUGACCUUGUGGAGGAGAAGCAUAGAGGCAUCAUAUCAGUCCUGGAUGAAGAAUGCCUGCGUCCUGGAGAGGCCACAGAUUUUACAUUCCUGGAGAAGCUGGAGGGGAAGAUGUCUGGUCAUCCUCAUUUUGUAACACACAAACUGGCUGACCAGAAAACACGCAAGACCCUGGAACGAGGGGAUUUUCGUCUUUUGCACUAUGCUGGAGAAGUUACUUAUUCAGUUGUUGGAUUUCUUGACAAAAAUAAUGAUCUUCUGUAUAGAAACAUUAAAGAGGUUGUGCGACAGUCUAAGAACACUAUAAUCCAGCAUUGCUUCCCGGCUAUAGAACCUGAUGGCAAGAAAAGACCUGAGACGGUGGCCACCCAGUUUAAGAGCAGCCUUGCAGGCCUCACUGAAAUCCUCAUGUCUAAAGAGCCGUGGUACGUACGGUGCCUGAAACCCAACCACUGCAAGCAGCCAGGUAAGCCUUUCACUUCACACCUCUGGUUGGCGGUUUUGUCUGCUGAAUGUUUUACAAGAGCCAGUGACCUUUCUCUCACUCACCUUUUCUCAGGUCUCUUCGAUGAUGUCAUGGUGAGACAUCAAGUCAAGUACCUGGGGUUAAUGGAGCACCUGAGAGUAAGACGUGCUGGAUUUGCUUAUAGGAGAAGAUACAAAGUGUUCCUGAAAAGAUAUAAGGCUCUAUGUCCAGACACAUGGCCACACUGGAAGGGGACACCAGCAGAAGGAGUGCAGCGACUUAUCAAGCAUCUUGGCUACAAACCAGACGAGUACAAGAUGGGAAGAACCAAAAUCUUCAUUCGCCACCCCAGGACUCUUUUUGCCACUGAAGAUGCAUUUGAGGUCUGCAAGCAUGAACUGGCCACAAGGAUUCAGGCAAAAUACAAAGGCUACAGGGGGAGAGAAGAGUAUCAGAGGCAAAGAGAAGCAGCUACCAAGAUUGAGACGUGUUGGCGGGGCCUGCAGGCCAGAAAAGAGAGGGAAAGAAGAGCCUGGGCUGUCAAAGUCAUCAAGAAGUUUAUUAAGGGCUUCAUGAACAGGAAUCAGCCUGUCAGCAUGGACAACUCUGAAUAUCUGGCAUUUGUCCGACAGAGCUACCUCACUCGACUCAAAGAGAAUCUGCCAAAAUCAGUAUUCGACAAAAGCACUUGGCUGACUCCUCCACCCAUAAUGCAAGAGGCCUCUGUGCACUUGCAUAAGUUACACACACGUCUCCUUGUGUGGAAGUAUGUUCGAGGGAUCACCGCGCAGCGAAAGACGCAGCUGCAAAUUAAAGCACUGACCAGUGACUUAUUCAAAGGCAAAAAAGAAAACUACCCUCUGAGCGUAUGCCAACCCUUUGCUGACACAAGGAUAAGUGAACAGGACAUAAGCAUCAAAGUUUUACAGAUGAUUUGUCCAGAAGGCAUUAAGUACAGUGUUCCAGUGAUUAAGUAUGACAGGAAUGGCUUUCAGCCACGUUUCAGACAGCUGAUCUUCACUCAGGCUGCUGCGUAUCUGGUUGAGGAUGCCAAAGUCAAACAGAGGGUGAAUUACAGCUCACUAAAAGGGGUGUCUGUCAGCAAUUUAAGUGACAACUUCCUGAUUCUUCAUGUUGCAUGUGAAGACACAAAGCAAAAAGGGGACCUGGUCUUGCAGUGCAACUAUCUUUUUGAGGCAUUGACAAAAAUGUGUGUAGUGACAAAAAACAACAACCUUGUCAAAGUUGUCCAAGGAAGUGUGAGGUUUGAUAUCCAGCCUGGUAAAGAGGGGUUUGUUGAUUUCAAGAGCAGCAGUGAAUUCAUGGUCUACAGAGCCAAGAAUGGACACUUGAUGGUGGAAUCGGCAGGGACAAAAUCUCGAUGACCUUUGAAUUGUUUUCUUAAUGUUUACUAAUUACCCCAAGAUAAACCUACACUAUAGAGUAUUAACAUUUGAAUCACCACUCCAAGUCAUCAAAAUCAUAAAUAUCACUUUAAGUUUUCCCUUUGAGGAGAAAAGGAAAACAGCAUGGGAUAUUACAUUAGUGUUUUUUAAUUUGUAUAAUGUCUUCAGUAUAUCGCAAGGUUUAUUGUGUACUUUAAGCAUGUACUGCACAUUGUAUUUUUUAUGUCAUGUUUUUUCAUAAAAAUCCAUAAUCUUAUGAUCAAUUACUAUGAAUAGUAUCAUACACAUGAAUUUAGAUUGUCUUGCUUGCUCUUUGUGCAAAUCAUAAAUAGAUAUUUUACCAACAGAAAAUACCCCCCAAUAAAAUGUUGUAUUUGUUCAUUUUCUUUGUGCCUUCUAUAAAGAAGAUAAUAAUUCAGAAAAAAGUGAACAUAAAUUUCUCUGAUUUUUGAAAUAUGUCAGUUUUGUUUGGGCAUUCUAUCCUUCUUUGAUUGCUGCCAAAACCUAACAAUAUACUUAUAGCAUGCCUCCUACUUUGCACUGAAAAAACAUAGUUAGAGAUGGCUAUGUAUGUCUGGGAAACGUAAGCAAAACAUUAUAUGUGCAAAACUGUAAAGAAAGAAAGAAAGAAAAACAAAGAAAGAUCAGCUCUGUGGUGUUAAAGCACACAUUAACCACAUGUCCCUUUAAACCAAGAUGUAGACCUAUCGCAACUGACUUGUUUUUAAUGAUGAUGCAGUGCACAAAUUUUAAUGUAAUAUGAUUUGUGUUUGCUUCUGCAAAUUCACUUCUGCCAUUUUACAAACUAUUUGUAUGCAGUGUCACAAUUAAAUAAAAAGUGGUAGA